AUGGUGACGUUGUUUCGUUUGGCGACGUUGCUUUCGCUGUGUGUUCUACCGUUCGCUGAGACCGCGGUGGGUGAAUCGCGGGCGCCGGAGUCCUUCGCGACGGAGACGCCGGUGGAGACGGCGGCCGCGGUCUCAGCGAUUCGCGUCGACAAAGAUGGAAUUUUGUGGAGAGAGAUCUCGAAAGCGCGACAUCUUGAAAAUUCUCGCGAUGAUUCCAUCUGGGGUUCAACCAAGGUGUACAGAGCGAACGACGCGAACGGUUCACCGAUGUUUGAAGUGGUGUACCCGGAAGUAAAUAUAACUUUAAACCAAUCUUCGGCUCAGAAAAUACCGACGAAAGAAGAAGAACAUCGCUAUCUCUCUGAGCACUACGUGGAGUUCCAAAAGUCGUCACAGUCGCUACACGCCGAACGGUCCGGUGAACUCUCGCCGAGUCUCGGGAUGAACGAAACCGAUGGAAACGCGACGGCAGAGCUCGGAGGCUCCUGCGGAUACCCAACUUCAUACUGUCGGGUUUCGUAUUUGUCGAAUUGCCCUUCCCGUUACGCGUGUUGGCAAGGCGAUCGUCCGAAGUAUCGUACUUAUGACUGUCACGGUCGGAUCGAGUCCUUCCAGCAUAGGUUCACUACUCGCCACUGUUGUGGACGUAACAUUUGGGGGAGUUGUACGAGACAUUGCACAAAGUGGCACUCAAUUACCCUGUUCAAAUGGAAUAGUUGCAGCUAUAAGGCAUGGAGUUCGUACCACCACACGUGUCCCAACGAUGUCGGACGUUGUCCUCUUAUUUUUGACGUCAAAAUCAAUAACCCAGUCAAAGACGUCGCGUCCAACGCCGUUGACUUCGGUUUCGAAGUGAUUCAACAGCAAUUGUGCGGCGGAAACUGUCUGACGUCGACGAGGGGCACGAGAAGAAUGGUACGAAUAUCAGUGACAGUGCGCAAAGUCGGACACGCUUGCUCCUCGUACGGGGAUCAUCUCCCGUGUAAACGAUGGGAUAACUUUCACGAUCCUUACUUUGGCGGAAAGUUGCUCGGCUUGACUAAUUCUCAAGGAUCGGUCGACGUGGGACAGUACGAGAUUGCGUAUAACGUCCUGCAUGGGUUGCCUGGUCAAGUGACACACGAGGGCGUGACAGGGAAGCACACAUUCUCUACCACGCGCGGCUGCGACGGCAUCAUGCCUUCCAGCUCGAUCGGGCAUCAAACGGUGGAAAACUCCGAGUUAAUAAAGUUCAUAUUGCUCUCAACCGAUAAAUUUGUCAACACACCGUGUGAGAAAAUCAGCGAAGUCAAGGAAUCAAUCUUUCGUGAAAUCGACGUCAACGUCACGGAUGGUGUGCUCACUUACGAUGAAAUCGCACGAGCAGUGCGCAAAAAUGGUGGAGAUUCAUACGUCUUAAAGGUGUGGAAUCACACGCGAGAGCUACGAGUAUCCAUCGGGCAGUUCAUGAAGACGUCGGUGAUUCCGCACGCGUGUGCAUCGGCGUAUCGAGCUGGUCAACAGGUGACGUUUAGUAGCACGGUGUACCCAAGUAUCGAUCCGGGACGGAUGACGACGAAUAAACAGUGUGCGGAUGACGCAAAGAAAAUGUCACUGGCAUGGAAAUACAGCGCAACAGUUCCAAAGCAAGGCGACAUAGUUUGUGUCUUUGUCGAUGGUCUUCUUUUCAACAGAAACGAGCCAUCGCUGUCAAAGCCAACAGUCAACGCAGACGAUUACGCUCAAGGAUCGAACAACUUAUGGAUGUUGACGAAAAUGACAGAUCGGCGACCCGUGAUAGGGGGUAUGAAAGAGACCUUGCCAUCGCUCGUGGCGCAGUUUACGUUUGACUCGUCGCUGUUUUAUGGUGACACUGUUGGCAAAACACGAGUCGACUCAGCUGCGCCGCUCGCUGACGGUCAAACAUUCAGACCAAGUUUGCAAUCCAAGGUAGGCCGUGAUGAGGAAUUGAAAGGCUUUCGCGACCGGGAUUACCGAGGAGCUCAAAGUAAAACUCGGAGUGGUCGCACAUGCCAAAACUGGGACACUCAGAGCCCCCACAAGCACACGAACAAAAGAAGCUCCGACGCUGGAACGGUUUCGAACAACUAUUGCCGAAACCCCGACGAUGGCUCCACCAUUUGGUGCUACACCACUGAUCCAGCUACAAGGUGGGAGUACUGUGACCCCGUGCCGAUCGUACCUCAACCAGUUCCUGUUCCCAAGGCGUGCUCGGGUGCGAGUGGCGGAAAGUGCUUUCAGCCAGGGUCCACGCUCGUUUACAAAGGUGAACCGUUUCAAGACUCCGUCGCGUUUUCGACGUGGGUUCGAUGCAGUAAAGGCAAGUAUACGACCAUCGUUGAAUUCAGUGGAAAAGACGGGCGAGGUUCGCAAUCUCUCUCUUUGAGUCUGGACGCCACUUGCGGACUGAAAAUCGAGCACAGAAGAUCUGGUGAACCACCGAAACAUAUAGCGCUGCAAGUUUCCCCGAGCACUUGGACACUCGUUGGUUUCACUCUUAGUCACACGAAUGGCAUGACUUUGUUCGCCUUGCCGAUAGACUCCACUUCUGUCGUUCGAAUAAAUGACGCGCAGUGGCCGAAGGAUACCCUCACGAAGAUGCCUGAUAUCGAUCUGCUUGCUGGUCAAUCAACAAGUGAAUUUGAUGACAUCCGUUUUUACACUGGCAUCAUGGAUUUGAGUAUCUUUACUGACUCAAGAGAGUGCGGCCGCGCGAGGUACUGCGCGGACCGUGCGCACGCAACGCCAUCUCAUCGCCGAGUCGUGUGCGUCACGGCGAAUAUAAAGGGAUUGGAGACUCAAGAGCCUGUGUGUACGUCGGCGCUGUAUUACGACGGCACCGCCAUCGAUAUUCAGGCGUCGAUGGAUAUGGCUGGGGUCGUCUUCGCGUUUCGCGACACAAACUGGCAGGAAAGCUCAUUCGAGAUCGAACGUCGAUCACCUUCGCUCGACGGCGCUAGCUCCUUCGACACGGUUGUCCUCGUCGAAGGCGACCUGAAGGGUUGCGCGGCAAAGUUUAGUUCAAUUACAUAUAUGGAUCGCGACGCAUCGUACACACCAUAUAAGGAGUGGCUCUAUCGCAUCACGACGAAAAACCCAAGCAACGCAGCUUCACCGUUCCUCGUGUCGUCACAGAUUCUCUUCCGCACACCGUGGAAGUCCUUACUCGAGGGGCGCGUGCUGGCUGGAGCGUCCACGACGGGCGUUCGAAACGUUCGGUUGUGUGCGGAGUUCGACACAUUCAUCUCUCACCAACGACAGAGUGACACGUUCGUGGACCGCAACACGACGACGAUCAAUCUCGCGGCGUACAAGAGUACGAAGCAUUCGAACGGUGAGAAGACGUCGACAGCUUAUGUCGCAACCGAUGGUCUUGAGGACGGUGAAGUCGUUGGGAUGGAUAUCGACGAGUACAUUCGCGUGAAUCUCGGUACCUGGAGCUCGGUGUCCACUGUGGCCGUCUGUUACAAGAAUACCUCAUCUAAGUUGCCAAUGUUUACGACGUACGUGCAGGAUCACGAUCCAGAGGACUCAUCGGUCUACGGUCACGAAUGCUUGAUGACGCACGCACGCGCUUCGUUUGAUAAUCCAAAAGAAUAUGCUUGCCUGAGUUACUCAUGCAGAGGCACUGGUGUCAAUUCGUUUCACGGUCAGCACAUCACCGUCGUGUCUCUGAAUCGAACUGAAGUCUCAGAGAUUCAGGCGAACGGUCUUAACACAAAGUGUAAGUUCACGGCGAUGACGGGUGACGACGGUGAAUUCGAAAUGCAACUCGAGGAUACGUCCGGGAAAGUACCAGUGAAGGCUCGAUUACACGUCGGUGCGUACAAGGAAGAAAUCUUCCCCGAAACAACAGAGACGUUGAUCGAUACGAAGAAGGAUGCUCACGGUAACUAUACGGUUCCAAGAAGCCAGGCACACGAAGUGCUGCUGAUUCUCCGCGAGAGGAGCGUCUCAUCACAAGACGAUUCGCCAACAGAAGGUAACUCGUCGGACGCCGCCUUUCUUGGGGAUUGGGAUUACUCAGACGUGGAUUUCGAAGAUGGCAACGAUGAAUCUUCAUUCAUCGGAGAGAAGCCCGUGCAUGGGAGAAGUCUACUUGGUUCUUUGAGACGCGACUGCAGCUACAGCUGGGGCAGCUGGAGUACAUGUACAAAACAUCAUUACUCCAGCGGUCGAUGGACGGGCAUCAGAUAUCGGACCUUUUACAUCUGGCGAUAUCCAGAUCCAUACGGGUUCGGUACGCGAUGUCCGAGCGGCUAUACUAACAGACGUAGAUAUAGUGGGUCUUGUACCCCAGAUGUUGAUUGUCAAGGCUCCUGGAGUGGCUGGUCAACUUGCAGCAGGUCGUGUGGCUGGGGACAGCAGACCAGAGUAUACAGAAUCACGACGAAUGCACAAGGUGGAGGAAGCCGUUGUCCCACAAACAAUGGUUACCGGCAAUCACAAAGCUGUCUCGUGAAACAGUGCCCACCGCCUCCAUCUCCGCCUCCUCCUUCUCCACCGCCGGAAGCGGCGAUUCUGAGUGAGAAAAUUGAAUGGACGUUACUCGAUGGCCUUUCUUCGAGUGCCCAAGGGGAAGUGACUCGCGAUAGGAGUGGCUCUGGUUGGAACGCCGGAGCUGUCAGCAAGCGCGCCAUAAAAAGUGGAUCGGACGUUGUUCGGGGCAUCUCCGCCGUGAUCGGUGAUUCAAUGAUGAACGCGAUGAUUGCGCUGAAUUCGCAGUCAACAGCGAAAUCUACCGAUUACCAGUCCCUAGAUUUUGCUUUGUACGCCGACAGUGCAGGUUAUUUAAUCGUGUACGAAAAAGGCACGCAAAAGGAGCAGCUUGAGAAGUAUGAGGCCGGCGAUACGAUUCAAGUCGUGCUGAAUGACGAUGGACAAGUCGAGUAUUUCAAGAACCGUCUCAAGCUUCGUACGAGCACACAGACGGUGGAAUAUCCGCUACACGCGGACGUAUCAAUCCACAACACUGGCAAAACAUUCAAGGAUGUGCAUUGGAUGGAACGAAUCUCUUCGCCGCCGCCGUCUCCACCGCCGCCGUCGCCGCCCCCGCCGUCGCCGCCCCCGCCGUCGCCGCCCCCGCCGUCGCCGCCCCCGCCGUCGCCGCCCCCGCCGUCACCGCCCCCGCCAAAUCACGAACUUGAACAAGCGGACACAGAUAAUUCAGGCAACUUGACGCGAACUGAACUCAUUGCUUUCAUUGAGAAAAUAACUAUCUCGUCACGCGGCAACGCAAUCAUCGACGACGACGUGUGGAAAGUGCUUGAUGUCGACGAAGACGGCUUCAUCGAUGCGGCGGAAUUCCAAGUGAUCGCCGACCGUAUGGUUGCCCAGACUUUGGUCGUCGAACCCAUGAUCGUGUUUCCUAUGCAAGAUCUUAAGCACAUGUACAACUUCACUCUGGUGCAAACAUCGGACGACGUCGAGAACAAUAUCACGAGCGGCGCGACCGACGUCUCGGCUGCGACGCAGUCGUGCGAGAACUUGGUUCUCAGGCGAAGCUCAAGCGGCUCGUUGCCCUUCACGAAUGAGGGAUGGACGGCAUUUUACUACAAUUUCAUCAAGGAUCGACAGAGUAACUUCACGUGCCGUCCGUUGAACGCGAAUGAAGUUCCAGUGAUUGAGGUGGGCAGUGAAGAUGGGCAGUACGGCAUCCCCGUGCUCGCAAACAAAGUAAGCAUGAAUUAUCUCGUUCUCGAUGCGCACACGACGGCGAAACGCAAGUUACACGCUGAUUUGGAUAUUUUCCAUCGCUUGACCCGAGCGCAGCUGCACGUGCGUGUCAAGGCAAAGAAACGUCUUCCAGACAUCAUACACCGUUUCAAUAAACCGGCGAUGCCGAGACAGGCGAGAGAAUCCCAGGAGUCGAGCGACGACAUGGUCUUGUACGGCAUCUUCUCUGACGAGGCAAUUCUCGAUCGAGUGACUGUGGAGGUGAAGCACAAGCGUGUGGAGGAAAAAGAUUUCACGGACGAUACGAUGGCUAUUGUCAACGGCGCGAUCCUUUUCCCCAAAGACUUGGUCGAGCAAUCUACGGAUUGCGGUCUAUCCAAGGCGACUAUCCAGGUAUUUGAGCCCGAGGGUGAAAUUGAAGAGUACUUGACGGACGAACGAGGGUUCUUCAAAAUUGCGGUCACGCGCGGGAAAACGUUCACGUUUCGAGCGAAAUACAAGGGACAUAGCAUUUGCUACGCCGGCAACACGUUGGAGAGUGCUCUCGAGGACGUUCACACCUGUGCCGGGCGUCACAACUACACAAAACUGGAGAACGUGAACGACGGAAACUUUAUUUUCUUCUCCGACACCACGAGAGGAUCGAUCGAUCUCGGUCUCUACCACGGUGAAUGCAGCGAGCGAUACGGUGGAGCGACUUUCAAAAUAACACCCAUCAACGGCUGUCAUGCGUCUACGUUCGUCACAAGUGAGCAGAUUGCAGGCUGGAGUGUCGGGAGCGAUGGAGAUCCCGACGCAAAGGUAUGGCCGUUCGCCGCUAUGGACUACUCAGUGACACUCACGUCCGGUCCCGACAUAAACGCCGUGCAGCAACUCAUCGCCGAUGAAGAUUGGAAAGAUUCUUGCGGAACGGAACCUGGGAACAUUGUGAGCUUCUUUCGCAGUAGGAAUGCACUUGAGCGAGUCGUCCCGAUGCGUGAUGAGUUCGCUGAGCUAGUGUCCAUCCGGUACAAGUACCACGGGUUUAUUUGUAUCGAAAUUCUGAACAUACCCAAGAUCCGGAACCCUCUGGAAGUCUGUUACGAUCCAAACGAAGACGAAGGUAACAUCACCAAGAAGCAUUUUCUCGGGAAAACAACGUCAGAAGAUUUGGGAUCGAUCGAGGAAGCAACGCCUAUCGAGGCGAAAAUUUUCGAACUCCACGUUGACGAAGUGGGUGGCAAAUCGGUACUCUCAAAGUGCUUCAAGGCACUUCCAAAUAUGAAGGCAAAUACGGGGAGUACCAUGGUUAAGUUCAGACAAUCCAUCACGGAUGAAGAUUCUAACGAGUGUCACCCGAAUCGCGGCGGUGGGCCAAUGUGUGACUUCGAUGCCACAAUUGAUCCCGAAAGCGAACUCUUGAUAUGGAAUGAGCAAGGGAAUACGAACGUAAUGGUACGCGCCGGCAAGCCCUACUUGGGCGGGAACCAUCGACGCGCCGUGGAAAUCACUGUGAACCGUUACGAUACAUACAAGUCAGUCACAGCGUACGCCAAGCGGGAGCUCAUUCCACUGGGCACGAGACCUCGAUUCUUUGGAGGACUCAGUGAUGACACUUACUGGGCGACAGUCCCAAUUGAAGGUCUCGUGUACACCGUCGUACACGAUCCGCCAGGAGGGAACUCGUACGCCGAGUUGACGACUGGUUCUCAAAUCGGUUUGGAGUUCGACAUCGCCAACUCCCGAGAGGCGUCUGAGGAGAAAUCUAGUGAGAUUGAGGACGACUUUCCCGAGUUGGAUGAAAGCAUGAACGUCGGUUUCAAUGCCGGCUGGGUUGCAGAGGGCGCGUUAGACUACAAACUUAAUUUGAUCAAAUCUAGUGGGCAGGUGAAGAGUGGGGGCGGCCCAAAAAUGUCCAUGAGUAGCUCAGAGAGAAAAGGCUGGAGCGUCGAAACGACGACGGACAGAGUUAUUCGAUCAAGCCAAGACGUCGCCACUCCGGGUCGAGACGGAGACGUCAUCUUGGGUGGCGGGAUCGAACUCGUCUACAAAAUGUCUGAUGUUUUGGACGUCGUGAACGACGUUCGAACAUUGAAGAAGCCGUGUUUGUAUGUAUACGCUCAAAUCACGUGGCAACCGCGGAGACCGACGUCGUACGUCAUGACUGUGUAUGCUAUUGAGAACCAAGUCGUUCCAAAUCUGCACUACCUGAUCUCCGUCGUGCGCGAAGGCGGAGUUGCAGGGGAUGGAUCAAAAAUGUUGUACGACUGUGGAGACUCCGGCAAGACGAGUAAAACCGACUGCACGAAGGAUGAGCAAGUCGCAGCCUGGGACAAAUACCUCACUGGUAAGAUCGAUGUGUGGCGUCGCACGCUGGAGUGGUCGUCGCCGAAAGUGUUCACGCUCAACAAGGGUGGCGAGUACACAAAGGCUUACGAUGCCAUCGAGGCAAUCACGGCGCCGAUGACCGAAGGUUUCCUGGGCGAUUUAUACAAAAGACAAGUACAAUACUUUGAGGACGAAUUCUUGAAGCCGAUGAAAGACAUUGUCGAAGAUGUCGCGAGCGUGUGGGACUCCACGCACUACAUGCAGCCGUUCAAUGGGCUCGGCCCUCCGCCCAAUUUCCCAGAUCUUAAACUUGGCUUCGGAGGCGAUUGGAUGUUUGACAGUCGUUUUUGGGAAAGUGACGAUGACGACGUCAGCAUUUAUGAGCGUCUCACCCAGCAAAAUACUAUGACGUAUUCAGAGAAGCAAGCUACCAGGUCUGUCGCAGCAGGCGGGGCGAGGGCAGCCAAAGUAAUACUCGCUGCAAAAGCUGCGCGUGAAAAGGCAGUAGAGGCCGCGAAGGAAAAGCAAAAAAAAGUCAUGCAAAAGUGGCAACAGAAGCAGCAGAAGACAUCAGCAGCAACGCUGAAGAAACUAGAAGAUCUGAAAGAUGCAAAGAAGAAAGCGAAGAAAGCGGCUAGAAAAGCCGCUGCGAUAAAAAUCGCCCUACUGUCCAUCCAAGGAGUUAUUGCCGCCGCGGGCGGUGCGUUAGACAAGUCUGGCUACAAGUACGUGGUGUAUCCGCGCAAGUUCUACAAAGAAGGGAUUCCAUACUUUGAAGAGAAUUUCUUCGACGACGAUUACAAUGUUCUCCAAGGCGGCGACCAAAUUAAGGACGAAGACGGCAUGCGACAGGAAUACACAUGGGGGCUGCUCGAAACCGCAACAAACGACAUGUUGAGAUCAUUUCAAAGUUGUGGUGGACGCGAAUGCAAACCAAAUGAACUUUCCACAGAUAAGCUGUCUCCCUCUGAGUCUCUUACUAUCUUCGGAGAGGACGAUAAACUCUUGACGGACAAGUACGAACCCACGGCGAUGCAGAGAGUCGUCGCCUCGUUCACAGGUGCUCUUGCUCCCAGUGGUAUGAAGGAAACGAGCAAGAAAGAAGGGAACGAAGCGAUUCUGCUCUCAUUUAGUGGUGGUGGGCAUUCCGUGGACUACGCGUUCAAAUCUGAAGAAAAAAUCGCGGAUAUAGGUGUAUCUCUUGGAGUCGGUUUCUCUGGCGAGGUAUCGAACGACUACAAGCUCGAGCUUGGUGGUCUUAUUGGUAUGAUCAUGGAGAUUACGAUGAUGGCGGCGGGGAUCGAUACAGAGGCCGAAAUGACGUUCUCCAAGGAUCUCUCGCAAGAUCGUAGCUUCGCCUGGAAUAGACACGCUUCCUUGACGACGAUGUACAGCCUUGGCGACCCGGAGUAUGGCGACAAGUUUGUCGUUCAAGUCGGGGAAGACAAGCGCUUCGGAACGCCCGUUUUCAUCACCAAGGGCGGCCGGAGUAUGUGUCCUGGCGAACCUCUCACGAUUUUCCGCGAGGCUGGAUGGUCGUUAUCGUUGGCUACGACGUGGAACGAGAACCUAAAUCCAAGCGAGAAAGCCAUCUUGCGUCUUUCGGUGAUCAACGCGUCUCCGUACAAAGAGAAGCCGAAUUUGGGGUUGCGCAUCAUCGACGGUUUGUCCCAAUCCGUACACACCGUCGUUGCGGCGGCGUACGAGGCGGCUGCACAAGACGGCGCGACAGGAACGCACGUCCUGAGUGCAGUCGACGAUGCCAUCAGCAAGUUAACCAUAGGGAAAACAACAGCAGUCAUUCAACGAAUGAAGCGAGACGCUCGUGAAGCGGUCGAAGUACACAAAGCGUCCGCGGUGAGCACCGCGGCCGUCAUCAUCCAGGCAUCGAAAGAUGCCCCGCGAAUGUACGAAGAAAUUCAAGACAUGCAACUCACCGUCGGUGGUAAGCCGUUCACACCGGGCGAAGUCAUUCCAGUCACGUUCGUGGACGGUGAGUCGUUGAGCGUGCAAAAGAGGCAGCUCGAAACCGCCUUCACGCUCCACAUAUUGCCAACCAGUAGUGCGGUUCGACGACUCGAUCACAUCGCGUUGCAACUUGUGAGCUUGUGUGAACAAGAACUGUCGGAAAACAACAAUUUCGCGCGCGACCCGGUGGGCGCGUCAAUCUGGUUGCGUGAGAUGAGCUGGAGCCAGGAGUGCCCAAAAGUUGCGUUCGAUGGCACCACGAUGGCUAACUAUCGAUUCUCGAGUGUCUCUCCGAACGAGCCGGAUCCGCUCGAGCUGACGGUGUUCAAUCCAAGUGGUUCACUGUUGUGGCCCGGAUCUAGGGACGGCGAUCCCAGCGUCAAUCCUAAUUUGAGAUUCGUGCGCCUUCAGUAUCGACCCGUGAGCGGAGGCGAGUGGAUCACGGCCAAGUCUGAGGAUAGCGAUCCAAAGUUCAGUUACAAGAAGAAUCUGCUCUGCGCCGGCUCCCGACUCGCCGGUUGCUCGUUCAAGUGGGACGUACACAACAAGUAUGAGCUGCUCCUGAGCGGUUUUAAAGACGGAGUCUACGAACUACGCGUGAAGAACUUUUGUUUCGGUACGCCGGCGGCGCCCAUCAGCGCCUUGGCUGACUCAACAGUUCAUGAAUACAUCUCCGAUGAGAUACUCACUCUGAGAGUGGACACAAAACGACCAAUUUAUGUCCGUGCUCAAUCAACGUUUGGCAGCUCAUACGUCGUCGAGUUUGCCGAAGCUAUCGAUUGUUCCGAUCAAAAGGUCAAAAUAACCAAGAAGCGCACGGCGUGCGGGAGCGCGGGAGCCAGCGUGAAUGAAGUUGUCAGUGAAGAAGCUAUCAAGACUGAUUUCACCUUCCAGUGUGCGACCGAUGGAUCGGGAUCUUCCAAAUGGAUGAUAGAUUUCCCAUCCAACCAUGUGGGCGAGUACGAGGUGAGUGUUCAUGGCGUUCGCGACGUGGCUGGAAACGCAGCGAAGCCAUUCAAUUUCGUCAUGAACUCGCACUGCACUUCCACGCCUUCCCAGGUAUCUCUCAACGAAUCUCUUCUCGGCACCGACAAAACGUCGUUAAAGAUUCACGACGAGGCUCACACGAGCACCCUUACCGCGCGGUUGGGUUCACGGGAAGCAGUUCUCAACCACUUGAGUGUUGAGCUUUUGUUCACGUUUUUCGCUGUCGUUGCACUCGUCGCCUUCGCGUUGAGGUCCGGCCACGCGAGGAAGAUUCAAAAGGUACUCGAUAAAACCGCCGAUGACGCCUGCAUCCAGCCGGAGGAUAGACAGUCGUACGGUUCCACGGUAUGA